AUGGCUGUGGCUACAUCUGAAGUGAAGAUGGACGCCAACACGACUGCCUCUGCGCCUCAGCCAGGGCUUUACGACCACCUUCCAGACCUGCCCGCCAACAUUUCAGUCGAAGCCGCCAAUGCCGUGCGACCUACAUUCGAACAGCUCAAUGCUACGCUCAUCUCGCGAGGGUACUUGCGAUCGCCGCUCAAUACUGCAGGGAUGCCUGAAGACUCGCUAGCCGCCCUCGCCGACGCGUUACAUGCCAUGAUCGCGCAAAGAGAAGAAGAUAUUGAAGUGCGCACCGCCUUGACCGCCAAAAGUCGCACGCUUACAGCCUCCUUGGAACGAACGAAGCGCUUUCAGAAAGAGGAGCUGGAACGCUCGGCGGACUUUGAGCGCAAGGCAGAAGCGUCAAAGGCAAAACUGCUCCAUCUCACCGCGCAGCUCGAAACGGAAUGCCAUGCACACAAAGCCACAAAGGACGCACUCGCUCGCACGCGAAGGGAUUUACAGGCAAUCAAAGCUUCGGCAUUGCAGUACAAAGCAGCAAACGAUCGAUCUGUGGCUCGAGUUCGAGCUCGUAUUGGUGAAGUCACCAGCUCAGCCAUUCGCUCUGCUGUUCCUGACUUUCAGAUUGUGGCAUCUGCUUUCGACGAACCGCCGACCGCUUCGUCAUCCAAGGUGGGUGCGGCAGGAUUGUACGCUCAACAGGUGCAGGAGCUCGAACAGAAGCGAGCUCAUUUGGUCGAGUACAAUCAAGCCUUGAAACGUCUUGCUACCGAGGCUAUUAAUACUGUGAGACGCGCUGAUCAGGAGCUGUUGGACAUGGUCGAGGCCGAACAAGACGAUGCCAAAAGGAGAGAUCCGACUUCUGCAGCGACAAAGGCAAACGACGAAUCGAGCGGCUCUCGAUCUGUUUCUACCAGCAGCCUGGCCAGUGUUGGCGCGUCCAAGCGUCUGCCUUCCAAAGAUACCUGGCUCGAGGGCCACCGGCCGCUGUUCCAAAGAGACCUCUUUCCAGCCAACGAUACUCUUAGGUCGACUUCCUCAGGCGCGCUCAUCUCGGGCUCUUCAAGAAAGGCCUCACAUCCAGCUUUGCGUGCGCUCGAGGUGACGGCGAGCGCCAUCAGUUCGCACGUCCAAUCUUUGCUUGAUUUGCGCACGGAACGCAACGUUCACCUAGCCGCACAGAGUCAGCGUUUAUCGGCUGAGACACGCGAGCAAGCAUGGGCAGCAAAGCUUGAGCAUGACAUCUAUCAAGACUUGGCAAACGACGCACGCCUUUCGCUCAACAAAACGAACGGUCCCGCUCAUGUAGGAUCGAUCACAUCUGCCGCCAUCGCCGCCUCACGUGGAUCGUCAAAUGGAGGGGCAUCACAUCGCGUCGACUGGCAGAGGGAGAAAGUGGAACUUGAAAAGAAGCUGGCCCAACUCGUCAAACAGAUGGCAGUGGCAGAGCAGAACAUGGCGAGAAAAGAGAAGGAAAUUGUCAAGCUUGCCGAGGCCGAACAACGCGCACGCAGCUUGCUUGAUCAGAGCUCGUCUUCAGUGGCAAGCGGCUCAAAUGCGACGCAGCAAGUGGACGAGUUGAGAUCCGAGCUGCAGAUGGCAGAAAAAGAGCGAGUACAUUUGGUCGAGAGGUGCGAGAUGCUAGAAGCGGAAGCACGAGAGCUCCGCAACGAGCGCGAUCGAAUUCUGUUGGAACGCAACGAUGCAGCUCAACGUGUUAAGGUCACCUCAUUGAAGCGGCUCGACCAACGCGAGGUGGCCGAGAUUCAUGCUCGAGACCAGAAUAGGCGCAACGACCAGGGCAGCCUUUCGGUUGUUGCUGAAGAUGCCGAACUGCCUUCCCUAACUAGCACGGUUGAAACGGCAGACACUGCGAGCGAGGCUGUGUUCGAGAACGCGGACACGUCAAGCUCACGUCGAUCGACUCGAAUCAACAGGCCAUGCAAAGAUUCUGCGGAUGCAAGUGCUAUCAGCUUUGGGGAAAGCUUCGGAAACAAUCCCGAGCUCGAUGCCAUUUUUGGCGUUGCAGCGAAAACGGCAGUACGCGGUGCUCGGGUUUCGACACGUCGCUCAGCGCGACUGUCGGGUGGAAGUGCAGCCACUGAAGAGAUGCCUGCAAAGGUCGAGGAGGAGCAGAAUCAGGAAGUUCAAAGAGAAAGCCGCAAGAGGAAGGCGCAGAAGGAAGAGAUGGCCGACUCGAGCGACACGACCAAGAAACGAACGAGCGGUCGUACUUCGGAUAGAUCGAGUCCCAAAGCGGUACGCGACGAAUCUUCAUCACGCUCGUCGAAGCGCGCUAGAGCAGAGGUGCAAGGCUCGCUUUCUUCAUCGCCACAGCCGCCGAUCAUAGAGGCACCCGCAACAGAUCCUGUUGCUACGGCUACUGUCGCUGCUCAGUCGCGUCGAAGGCUUUCGACUCGAGAGAAGCAGGAGCUUGAGCAAAAGUCACGAGUGGUUUCCACGCCUGCACUAGCCGGUGGAGCUUCGAGUAAAACACCUGCACUCAGCUCGCGAAGGAUUGUCUCGGGAUCCUCGUCGUCCGUCAGCCGUCCCACAGCUGCCUCGCUUCGCCGCAGCAAAGCAGUGCAAGUCACAGUCAAACGUCCGUUGUCGAAUUUGACCAACACGCGAGAAGGCGCUACUCAGGCGUUGACGUCGAGCAAGGCUGUGUCAGCUCGGGUUGCGUCUUCGGGCUCUUUCCGGGCGCGAUCGUAG